UGCUAGCCCGCAGGCAUCACCCGGACCGUAAUGCUGGUGACCCAUGUGCUACCCAAAAGUUCCAAGUUCUUAAGAGGGCCAGUGAAAUAUUACUGGACAAGAAGCUUAGAGAUAUUUACGAUAGUGGCAUACGUGCGAAGUUGCUAAGGGAAGAGCGCGAUCGCGAGACGGACGAACACAUACGUCGGAUGCGUAAUGAUUUGUUCAACCGGGAGAGCCUCGCGAACGAAGAGAGGGCGGCGAAACGGGCGAAUAAGUUUGACCGUGCUUCUAUGCUGCGCCGAGAGAGCGCGCAGAUUAUGGUUGCUCAUAAUCAGAAGCAGGUUGAAGCUUACUCAAAAAUUUAUCAAGCGAAGGCUGCUGGCAAUGGCGAUUAUACAGUAGUUCUCAAAUGGAAGAAAAGUAUAGUCUAUACGGCUGAUGAUCUUAGUGCCCGACUUAGUUCAUACGGGCGUGUCAAUAUUGCUGUGGUGUCUAAAAAAGGUGGCUCAGGGAUCGUGUCUUUUUCUAGGUUGGCAGAUGCUCGAGAUGCGGUUUCGGCGUUGACUAGGGCCGCAUCGCAGGGCGAUUCAGAGUUUAUCAGUGCAGUGUUAAAACCAGGUUCUACGAGUAGCGAAAAUAGCAUAGAUACAGCGAGCAAGAAGGGGGGUCCCGAAGAUAGUCUGCCAAGAAACGAGUGUUCAGAAGACAAGACCCAGGCAUAUAAUUCAGAAACCGUUUUAUCUGACGCAGAUUUUGAAAAGAUGGUUUUACAAAAAUUACGAGAUACCAAGAAGCUAAAACCAAGCAAGGUUUGAACGAUCUGAAUUUAAUGGGCCGACGUCUUGACGACAUUGGUGACACGAAGCAGCCGUUACGUAGAUGUUAGAUGCGGUUACGGCGCGAGGGGAAUUCGAGAAGCUUAGUGGAACUAGCUAUCUUCUAUUUUUGGGAGAAAGCAUUUGUAAGUGAAGAUGGGCCAACUUUGGAAGAGAGCUGUGCCGACAAGAAGUUUUAAAAACUGUCCACACGUUUUUUUGCUGUUACGCAUGCACAGAAUUUAUUGUUAUACGACACGCGUCGACAUUCCACAGGAGAUCCCUCUUUAUCUUCCAUUGCGCCUCGGCGAAUUCUUUGAAUGCUGGAAAAUUUGACACGUCGUUUGAAUGAGGUUUAAGCUAGACGAUGAAAAUGGCUGGGUAAGACUGGUGAAGAGGGGAAGAUGCCCAAGACACAAAAAUAAGAACACACUCAAAGGUGAGGAUAGAGCGCUCUGAAUAUGAAAAAGCACGCCACGAAACCGGAUUAUGGGCUUUUAAGGCGGCAUUCAGUGUGUGAUUUUAUAAAAUUCUAUCGCGGAUAAAACACAUAACAAGCGGAA